UCCAUCUCUCAAUCCUCAUUCUCUUCCAUCCCUCGGACGCCAUUAAUGAAACCGAGAAGGAGAAGAAGCUCUGCUUCGCGUUCGCCACUCUCAAUGGCUCCUUGAUCCUCUCUACACCAUCAACAAUGGCGCCUCCUGCUUCCCCUCCUCUUCUCACCCAUGCAUGCUCUUCACCACCUCCAAUCCUCUGUUCUACUUCUUCUUCUUCUUCAUCUUCAAAAUCAAGGAACCCAUACAAAGUUCUCUCCUCCUCCACCUCUCUCUCUUGCUCCACUCCUAUAUUGUUCCCCCAUCUCCAGCUCAGUCAUUGUAGCAAGCCUCCCGUUGUGGGAAUCCAUGGAAAGCUCAAUCCGAGAAGAAGGUUUUCCCUGAGAUUGCGCCCUAGAUUACGGUUGCUUUCAUCGAGAUUGAAACGGACGUCGCUGCCGGAUUUGGUGGAGGAUUUGGGAGUGGCUCUGCGAAGGAAUUCGAGGAUCAUCACGCUUUCUGCAUCGAUGUCUGCCGUUCUAGGGUUGUGCUUCUUGUUCCUUAAGCUGACGGCAGUGCCUGCGUCGAAGGUUGUGCCGUAUUCGGAGCUGGUGACUGAGCUGCAGAGCGGGCAUGUGACCGCGGUGAUGUUCGAAGAGGGCUCUCGUCGCAUUUUCUACAACACGCGCGGUGAUGGCCGGGAGAAUGGGGAGACGGUGGUGGAUGGUGAGGCUUUAGCUAUGGAGGGAAGGAAGGAGAAAGAAAAGAUUGGGUUUGUUCUGAAAUGGAAGUAUUCGACAAGAAAGAUUGAUCAUGAUGAGAAUUAUCUGCUUAGUUUGAUGAGAGAGAAGGGAGUUGCUUAUAGUUCUGCUCCUCAGUCCGUGAUAAUGACUUUGAGGAGUUUGUUGAUCACUGUGAUUUCUCUUUGGAUCCCUUUGACUCCUUUGAUGUGGUUGCUUUAUCGACAGCUUUCUGCAGCCAAUGGCCCUGCAAAGAAACGGCGGCCGAGUAAUCAAAAGGUCCGUUUUGAUGAUGUUGAGGGUGUGGAUGCUGCAAAGGAGGAGCUCAUGGAGAUAGUCUCAUGCUUACAAGGCUCAAUUAACUAUAAGAAGUUGGGAGCAAAGUUACCUAGAGGGGUGCUGCUUGUGGGCCCUCCUGGAACCGGAAAGACCUUACUAGCACGUUCUGUAGCUGGAGAAGCUGGAGUUCCUUUUUUCUCAGUUUCUGCCAGUGAAUUUGUAGAGUUAUUUGUUGGAAGAGGUGCAGCGCGCAUAAGAGACCUUUUCAGUGUAGCAAAGAAGUGUUCGCCAUCUAUAGUGUUUAUUGAUGAACUUGAUGCUGUGGGAGGGAAACGUGGCCGAAGUUUUAAUGAUGAGAGAGAUCAAACCCUAAAUCAGUUGCUGACAGAAAUGGAUGGAUUUGAGUCAGAUACAAAAGUAAUAGUUAUUGCCGCUACCAAUAGGCCAGAAGCAUUGGAUCCUGCACUUUGUCGGCCCGGUCGCUUCUCAAGAAAAGUGCUUGUUGGAGAACCGGAUUUGGAUGGGCGGAAAAGGAUUUUGGCUGUGCAUUUAAGAGGAGUUCCAUUAGAAGAGAAUCCAGAGAUAAUUUGCAAUCUUGUUGCAUCUCUAACCCCAGGUUUUGUCGGUGCUGAUCUAGCUAACAUUGUCAAUGAAGCUGCUUUGCUAGCUGCUCGAAGGGGUGGUGAGACAGUGAUUCGAGAAGAUGUAAUGGAGGCGAUAGAACGAGCUAAGUUUGGAAUCAAUGACAGACAACUUACUCGUAAUGUCGUUCGCAAAGGGCUUGACAAAUUGUUUCCGUGGAUUCCUUCUCUAAUAAAGAGGGAUGGCACAACAGAAGAUGGUCUCGGAUUUAUGGGUUAUCAAACAUUAAGUUGAUUCAAAUGGUGCUGAGGUAUGUUGCUGUUUCUGCAUCAUGGUUAGUUUGAAUUGUAAUUCAAUGGAAAAAGUACCAGUUAUAAAAGUUUGAAUGUUUAUGAACCAAACUGACAUACCGCAUUGUUUCAUCACACCGUAUGCCCUAGAUGGACAACUUGAGAUCUCAAAGUCUAGAUGGCAUACGACCAGUAUUUACACUCUCUUCGGGGUACACUAUUUUUGUUUAAUCUAUUAUUAUUUAUAGAUGCAAGUAGGAAGUAUGUCCUAGAGUGAAAAUGUCAGAAAAAUGUGUCAGAUAGUCUUAAAUAUGAUGUUCUUUUUAUCAUGAAAAUACUUAUUUAUUGAAAGCAAUAUUAUGCUGCUAUUUAGAAGA